GACCAACAAUGUGGUCUACCAUUGUAACCCUGCUCACAGUAGUGACUAUCGCCUGUACUGAAACGACAGUACCGGGCAUCAGCAGAACUUUUAGCCAGGGUGUUUCGAGUAUGGGCUAUAAGAUAAUAUAUGGAGAUGAAGACAUGACUGCGUUCAAUGAAGUUGUAAAUGACGCUGAGAAAAACGUUUUGAAGCAGAGACAUGACAGUAUGAAUGGCAUCGAUCCGCUUAAGGCUCAGGAUGUGAAAUGUUUGAUGUCCGUUGACCGUUACUGCUCCGAGGAAAUGGGGGCUGUGAAAAGUGUCCUAAUCCAAGCUCUGAAAGAUGACUGCAAAGCCUGCACUGACCAGCAGAAGACAAGUGCUGGGCGAGUGAUUGCUGCUAUGAUGGCCCAUGAUCCCACAGCUUGGAAGGUUUUCCUCACCAGGUCAGUCCUCCAAAUAAAGAAGAGACGAAAACGUUCAUCUGUAACAUCUAAAACUGAGCAAACAAACAAUCGCUAUACACCAAACGUGGACUUUGAUUUCGUUACCGCUGAGGAAAUAGAGAAUUCUAGAAAUAGAAUAGCAGCGCACGGUGUGCGUGUUCGAGUUAGGAGAUUUGGAUUCGAGAAGGUUUCAAACUUGAAAGAUGAGACGGUUUUGUACCUUGAUAAAGAAGUUAACAUGUGAUGAAAUUAUAAUUUAAAAUAUUGAAGUAAGUUGCUAGUAUUUUACACGUCGUUGAAUAAUAUGUAGGUAAGACUUGUGUCUCAGGGUGACGGGCGCAGUGGCAGUGACCCUCAGAUUUUUCGAUUUAAAGCUCUGAGUGGCGCUGCAACUGUUAUGGUCAGGCGUGUCGCUUACCAUCAGGCGCACGACUUGUUCGUUCCCUCGCUUGAUAUUAUAAAUAAAACAUUGCGCACAUAGUAUUAACUCAAAAAUUGUUUCAAAUUCAAGUCACAAAUUCAGUUACGGGGCAAUGAAUACAUUUCAAUCCUAAAGUCCCUGGUGGUACUCAUCAUUUGCCAUUUCCUAAGUUUGAAACC